UACAGGGUUAGACACAACGAAACCUCCAACACAGCAACGAUGCAUAAACUGAUACUUUGCUGUCUCAUUAUCGUCAGCUUCUCCUGUCCUCUCUUGUCUCUCCCCAUCAUCAAUGCCAGUGAGAUGUCUUAUCAACACUCAGCUGAUGAAGAUUCGAGGUUAAACCUGGAGAGGUUGGGCAGCCUGGGAAGCACCUCCCUGCUCCAGCUCCUGCCAGAGCUCCUGGGCACACUGACUGAGGACAACAAAGCAGGUCUCACCCCCAGCAACUACAACCCAGGGGAAAAUAUCAAAGAGGCUUUCUAUGGGAAUCAUCCUCGGAACGCUUUCCUGGGACGCUUCUUGACCAAGGACAGGAAACAGUACAAGAAACGUGGGAAUCUUUCUGAGUGCUUCUGGAAAUAUUGUGUGUAAACAGGGAACUCCCUGACUGGUUGCAUAAUUUAUACAGAUGUCUGAAAACAUGUAUAUAGGUUCGCUUGAUUUAAAAUGAGAAUGAAGAAAC